GUGCAAAUCCAAUUCAGCUACCGUGGUCGCAAGGGGAUACAAAAAGAUGCGAGAAGCGAACGAGAGCCGCAUAGGAACCAAGCGGCGACGGGAUCCCAAGAAGAGCGCGUCUUUGUGAGCCACAUUUACGAAAGCAUUAUCAGAGUUCCCCCAUCCUCCUCGAGGCAUUUUCUGCACUGUGAAUAUAAAGAGACACGAUGACCUCAGACAGUUGGUGUCGAGUCUGCAGCAGAGGUUUCUUUAGCUGCCACUGGAAGAGUAACAGUGAGGCAAAGUGUUCAUGCUGCUGGUGCUCGGUUGUUAGUGUUGUGACCCUGCUGUCCCUCUUCUGGAUGUACAUUUGCCUGGUCGUCUACAACGAUCAAUAUGAUUUUAAUUCGGAGGCAUUCAUCAAGCUGCACAAGCACUUAAACUAUUUCAUGGUGUUGAUGACUAUUUCUGCUGUGUUUGCCUGCUACUGCGUUUUACUGCUGCUUUUCGCAUUGGUCCAAGUUGCCUUGGGAGAAAAACUUCACUUACACUGGCUGCACAGGAUCUUCAUUUGCUUAGGUGUGAUAUUCAUCGCUCUUGGGAUUACAGGAAUCAUCCGAUGUUGGAAAGACGAAUGGCAGAUUGUUCCUUUUUCACUCCAGUAUACGGCUCCUUUCUUACAGUUUGGUGCUGUUGGAGCCUUGAUCCUGCUGAGCUGGUUUGUCUUCCAGGCCUUCCUCAAGGCCAAAGAAGGAUCAAAGUUCCUGAUUGCAGUGGUGUUCCUUGUAGUGUCAGCAUUCAUCUUACUGUGCCCCCUGCUCAUCCACUCACCUUGUUUGAUAAACGUUAAGGAUUUAAAAGCAAAACCAGACCUCUUCGGCCACAGAGGAGCACCAAUGCUGGCUCCAGAGAACACUUUGAUGUCUUUUGAAAGAAGUGCAACGGAGUGCAAUGUGAAGGCUUUUGAGACAGACGUGCAGCUUAGUAAGGACAGAAUUCCCUUUCUGAUGCACGACCACAAGUCUGAGUUCCUCAAAAGAACAACAAACAUUACAAAAAAUGUAUCUUGUGGCAAUCAGCUGACCUUUGACGAGCUAAAGACUCUAAAUGCAGGAGGAUGGUUUGUAGAGAAAGAUCCUUUCUAUACAGUGCACCUGCUGACAGAAAAGCAGAAAAACGAUGCUAAAAUGCAGGCUAUACCUUCUCUGCAAGAGCUUCUUGAGCUUGCCAAACAGCACAAUACUAAAGUUAUAUUUGACUUGUAUCAUCCUGAACAUUGUCAUGAUAUUAACGACACAGUGGACACUGUGACCACCAUCUUGCGUUCUGGCAUCGACCAAAAACUGAUCUAUUGGCUUCCUCCAAAAAACAGAGGAAAUGUGAAGAAUGCUACAGACUUCAUCCAGAUUUAUGGAAAUGAAUCAGAGAUGUUUCAAGAAAACGGAUCUCACCUUAAUGUGAAAUACAGCCAACUGACUAUAGAUAAAAUCAGGAAACUUCAGGAGGACAACAUUAAAGUGAACCUGUAUGUGGUCAAUGAGCGCUGGCUGUUUUCUCUGCUGUGGUGUGCAGGGGCAAGUUCUGUCACCACUAACUCCUGCCAGGUCCUAAACGAAAUGAAGAACCCUGACUGGACCAUGGCACCUUAUGUUUACACAAUGAUAUGGAUUUUAGUAGAUGUUGGGUCCAUUUUGACAAUGAUUGGUCUCUUUGUCUAUCAGUGGAAAACAAACGAUUCCCGUCACAGAACAGGGAGAACCAACGUUUUGUUGUGUACAGAGCAAGAAAGCACUAGUUUAGUUUGAACUUUGACAGCCUUCAGCGGGCCCAAAGCCAUCUUGGAUCCUUUACUGUCUCACCACAGUGGCUUAAAGCUCAUCAGGACAAAACAAAGAAAUUAAACUGUCAUUGUUAUACAUUUUUUUUUAUAUAAAGCUGUGAAACAACAAAUGUUGACAUUUACUGAGAUGUUGAAGAUUUUAUACAAAUAUCAGUAAUAUGACACUGGAUGGCAGUUGGUUACAAGGGUUUGUUGUUCAAAGGCUUAUUGAGCAAGAAAAAAUAAAGUGCCUUUGACCUCCUGAUUGUAUUAUGUGAACAGUAGAUCUAAACUGCCUUCCCUUUGCACUACAUUUUUGUACAGUUUAAGAAAAGCUACAGUGAAUCCAAAAAUGUUUCAUUACCCUGGUAGAUUCAGGUUUAAAAAUAUUUUUAUUAAACCUAGAAGUUUAUUUCCAAUAAGAGAUGGGACAAGCAUCCCUCAAAAGAUAAAACAAUGUCAAACCAUUUUGCAAAGCAAUCCAACCCUUUCUAUAAUGGUUGACCAGCAUUUUGCAUGUUUCCACUGGUAAGUUGACAAUUUUUCUUUGAUGAUGAGCUCCAAGUCUUUGAGGUUAGAAUGCCUCCUUACCAUCACCUUAAUCUUUACCCCUACAGAUUUUCUAUCAGAUUCAAAUCAGCACUCUGGCUGGGCCUCUCUAAAACACUAAUAUAACUGCAUGUCAAAAGAAACAUGUUGGUAAAAUUAAAAGAUUUCUUCAAACCUAAAUCUGCCAGGGAUAUGAAUAAUUUUGAGCUAAACUUUGCUGCUACAAGAGAAAGUUAUUUGUAACCUGAGCCAAAUAAACUAAAACUGUUUUGUUGUGUGUGCGCUGUUGUUUAAACUGUAUUCUGUGUGCGUAAUCUACAACACUCUUCAGUCUCAGGGAAUAAAGAAAAACCUGAAUUUGAGCCAGUUUAUCUGUUUAGAACAAAGCAUUAGGAUUACAAAAAUAUCAUUUCUUUUCAAGAUGUUUUACGGAGGAAUGUGUUUAAUGAGGAGUUUAGGAGGAUCACAUGGGAUGCAUGAUUUUUGCAGCCAUCUUUUGCUAUAAGGAUGAGAUUAAAAGGCAAACUUGAGUCCUUUUAAAAUUUUCGGAUUUACCUGAAAUAAAGUUAAGCCAUUCUAGUAUGAUGUUCUUAACAUUUGUUAAUUACCAACCUUUACUUAAAACAUGUUUGCAGAGAGGUGAGUUUUUAGAAUAUGUACAGUUCAUUUAGAGAGAAUAAAGAAUUCAAAACACUAUGAUGUACAGUACAUGUAAAAGACAUUGUAUUUCCUUAUUAGUUUUUUGAUGAGACACAACCUUUUACACUUUUUCUGAUUUUGAUUUUUUUUUUUUUUUCGCUACAUAGACUGAGGGAAAGAACAUUAACAUUUAUAUCAUGUUCUUUUAAGGAUGUGUUUUGCACUGGAUAAGUACUGUACAAACCUACAAUAAAUUUGAUGGAAUACAUCUUAA